AUGGCUAUCGGAAUCACAGAAAAGAUCACACAGAUCCAGGAGGAGCUGGCUCGGACGCAGAAAAACAAGGCAACCGAGUACCACGUUGGUCUGCUCAAGGGUAAGCUCGCUCGAUAUCGACAACAGCUUCUGGAGCCUGCUCCUGGAAGUUCGACUUCCAAGGGAGAAGGAUUCGAGGUCAGCAAGUCUGGACAUGCCCGAGUGGCUCUUAUUGGCUUCCCCUCUGUUGGAAAGUCGUCACUGCUCGGCAAAAUCACAAACACAAAGUCGGAGAUUGCUGCUUACGCCUUCACUACCCUGACGUCAGUUCCUGGUGUGCUGGAGUACAAUGGAGCCGAGAUCCAGAUUCUCGAUCUGCCCGGUAUUAUUCAGGGUGCUUCCGAGGGUAAGGGUCGAGGUCGACAGGUUGUUUCGACCGCUAAAACUGCCGACCUGGUGCUCAUGGUUCUGGAUGCUACCAAGCCUGAGGAGCAGCGUGCUAUUCUCGAGCGAGAACUCGAGUCUGUGGGCAUCCGACUUAACAAGGAGCCGCCCAACAUUUAUUUCAAGAUUAAAAAGACAGGAGGCGUCAAAUUUUCUUAUACCAACCCGCCCAAGUACCUCUCGGAGAAGAUGGUGAUGCACUUGCUCAAGGACUACAAGAUCCACAACGCCGACGUGCUGAUCCGAGAUGAAAACGUGACGGUCGAGGAUAUGAUCGACGUGAUCCACGCCGACCACAGAUCCUACAUCAAGUGUCUAUACUGCUACAACAAGUGUGACGCUGUGUCUCUGGAGGAGGUCGACCGGCUUGCUCACAUGCCUGACACCGUGGUCAUUUCUGCAUCCAUGGAGCUGGGUCUCGAUGAUCUGACGGAACGAAUCUGGGCCGACCUCGCCAUGCUACGAAUCUACACAAAACGAAAGGGAGAGCUUCCGGACUUCGCUGAACCCACCGUGGUUAGAUCCACUCACAACACUAUCGAGGAUGUCUGUGACACUAUUCACAGAGACAUGAAGAACAAGUUCAAGUACGCGUUGGUGUGGGGUGUGUCGGCCAAGCACUCGCCGCAGAAAUGUGGUCUUUCGCACAAGAUUGGAGACGAAGAUGUGGUGUGUAUUUUCACCAAAACGUAG